CUUGUAGGCAAUUGCUGCGCGUAAGCCAUGCACCCAAUUACCCCCAAACACUAUUCCCUACCGUGUCCUCUCCUCCUCUCUCCAUCUGGUCACACUCCUCCCUUAAAAGUCACCCACACAUUCCCCUCUCUCUUCACUUCACUUAUGAAGAACCCCGUCGCCCAGAGUUUCACCGAGUUCUACGAUAAAUGGGUUUGGAAGCUCGAGGAGAUCCUCCACCAGCUCCUUGAGGUGUCCAAGCAGAGAACCCAGGUGGUGAAAACUGAACAAGAGCUGCAGGUUUUGAUUUCCAAGGUCACAUCCCAUUUGAAGGAAUAUUACACUGUCAAGUGGGCUUCGGCUCAUGAAGACGUUCUCGUGUUCUUCUCGCCAACGUGGCUGAGUCCUUUGGAGAAUGCUUAUUUGUGGAUGACGGGGUGGAAGCCAUCCAUGGUGUUGAAGCUUCUGGAAACCCUGAAGAAGCAGGCGGCGAGUGGUGGUGAUUUUGUGAUGACGGAGGAGCAGGCGAGGAAGAUCGAGGAGCUGAGGAAGAGGACGAGGAUGGAGGAGGAGAAGGUGGAGAGGGAGAUGGAGAGGCAGCAGGUGGCCAUGGCUGACCGCAAGAUGGUGGAGCUGGUCAAGCUCACCACUCGAGCAAGGAACGGUGGUGGCGGUGGUGGUGAUGCGGUGGCGGAAGUGGCGUUGAAAGGGGUUCUUGCGGGGUUGGAGAGGGUCAUGAAGGCUUCGGAUUGCGUGAGGCUCAAGACACUCAAAGGGGUGUUGGAUGUGCUUAGUCCAAUGCAGUGUGUGGACUUCUUGGCUGCCAAUACUGCUAUGCAGCUGAGACUCAGGCAAUGGGGGAAGAAGAAGAGGGACAUGCCUGCAGGCUCCACACUCAAUGCCAAUCAUCAUAACAACUAAUCCAUCUGUGAUUCAACUAGCUAGCUAGCCAAAAACAAAAACAAAAAAAACUGUACAUCUUUUAAUUAGGCUAAGUAAGUUGUUCAGUACCUCAAUAUCAUUAGCACAAAAUUAAGAAGUUGUUUAGUGUGGUUUAUGCGAUGGUACUAGCUAGUAGUACUCUUGUAGUUGCAAUGUAAGAAAAGGAAAGAAAUAGUAGAUGAAUCUAUCUAUGAUAUCAUUUCUUUCCUGUA